AUGGGAGAAACAAAUUCCCAGGCUGAAGCCUUCGAACGGAAGCACAAGAUGUCUCCCGUACAGUCUCGACUCUGGUUCGCAGAACAAUACAUGAGCGACCCCACGCAGUCCAACAUGGCAGUGUCCUACAAAACGAGAGGCAAUUUUCAGGCCCCGCAAUUCAGAAUGGCACUUGAGCGAGUCCUUGCUCGGCAUAAGUCACUUCAGACUGCCUACUUCAUGGACCGGGAUACCGGGCAAUUGGUGCAGGCCGUGCGUUGUGAGGCGUUGCCGUAUUUCGAAUACUUCGACGAAGCUGACGAGGCUUCCUGUGUCAACAAACUCGAGGAAGCAAAAAAGAAGAUAUGGCAACUAGAUAAUGGGGAGGUUUUACGGGUUGCGGUUUUCAACAUGGGCAAUGGGGACUACAGAAUAAUCUUUUAUUUCCACCACCUGGCCAUCGACGCGUAUAGCUGGUCAGUCUUUUUGAAGGAUCUGAACUUGGCCUACCAAGGAAAGGAGUUCCCGCCUAUGCCUCCGUCAUAUACGGAAUACUCAGAGGCGCAGAAUCGGGCCAUUGAGAAAGGAGACUUUGAUCGACAAUUCGAGUAUUGGAGACAGAACCUGACACCGCUGCCCGAGGUGACUCCGUUACUUCCCUUCGCACGAGUGAAAGCUCGAGCUGCAACAAAAGACUUUCGGAGCCAUACAACUACAACGAUGAUCAAUCCGAGAUGUACGGAGCAGGUGAAAGCCGUCUCCCGAAGCUUACGAGGAUCUCCGUUUCAUUUCCAUCUGUCUGUGAUUCACAUCUUGCUGAGUCGUUUGUUGGGUACCCAGGAGGUGUGCAUUGGCACGACCGAUGCUGGGAGAUCUGAUUUCCACUUUAUGAAUACCGUAGGGCUCUUCGUGAAUACCCUGCCUCUUCGUUUGCGAGUUGAAGAGGGAGACGACUUCAGUGCUUUAUUCCGACGAACUGCACGCACUGCAAUCUCGGCAUUGAGCAAUUCGGCAGUGCCAUUUGGACUCAUUACAGAUCGGCUCAAUGUCCCUCGCUCCUCAGAAAACACACCAAUAUUUCAAAUCAUGGUAAAUUACCGUGCGGGCGAGGUGAUGCAUCUGCCAAUGGGCGAUGGUUCUUUGGAGUAUGUGGAGGCCGUCCAGGCGAGGUCUCCAUACGAUAUGACCAUAAACAUCACACCCUCAGUUACAGGGAAUUGGAUGCUUGAGGUUGUUUGCCGCAACUAUAUCUAUAGUCCGGAAAGCGCAGAGAAGUUUACAGACAUGUAUUCUCAUCUUCUGCAACAAAUUUGUGACGAUCAGUCUCUCUCCGUUGGGAAUUACUCUUUGUUUUCUACAACACUCAUCGACGAUGCUCUUUGUCUCGGGGGAGGUGAGACUUUGGAUAAUGACUGGCCGGAGACACUGGUUGAGCGGUUUGACAACGUCGCGAGAGAACAUGCAGACGCCGUUGCGGUUACUGAUGCUUCAGGACCCCAUAGCUAUGCAGACCUGGCAUCGUUGGUAAAUGGAAUAGCCGGUACACUGCUCAAAAUGGGCGUUGAGUUUGAAACACCAGUUGCAGUCCUUUGUGAGCCGUCCCUACGAGCGAUCGCUGCCAUGCUCGCCGUUCUUCGAGUCGGGGCCGUGUAUGUGCCAGUGGAUAUUAGUCUUCCGGCGGAGCGUCAAGCAUCAAUCCUAGCGGAUUGUAAACCGGCAGUGCUCGUUUGCCAAACUACAACCAUGGAAAUUACAAAGAGCUUCACUGGAGUUGGCGUCUACCUCGACGUCGACAGCAUUGACUCAUCCCAGUCUAUAGCACCUGCACCCAACCGAGGAACAUCCACCUCACUUGCCUUCAUUCUCUACAGCAGUGGCUCCACCGGAAAGCCAAAAGGAAUCCUGCUCGCCCAGGGCAUGUUCAGAAACUGGAUCCCCGCCCAAGCAAGAACAUUCAAAUGCCGACCCGAGACAGUACUGCAGCAGAGCUCACUCGGUUUCGACAUGUCCAUCGCCCAGAUGUUCUUGGCUCUUGGAUUUGGCGGAAACUUGGUGAUAGUACCUCGAAACCUCCGCUUCGACCCGAUUGGCAUUUCACGGUUAAUGGUCGCAGAACGAGUAACCGUGACCUUCGGCACACCCGCAGAAUACACCAUGCUUCUCCGCUAUGGGACUGAUUACAUGACCUUACUCCGGUCGUGGAAACAUGUCUAUGUCGGUGGUGAACUUGUGACUGACCACCUGAUCAAGGAGUUUCAUGAACGUUUGGGUCAUUACUGCCCCAAGAUUACCAUUGCCUACGGCCCCACCGAGGCUGGAGGUGUCGUAUGCACUCGACCGCUGUCUGGAAAAGAGGACAGUAUCAUGGAAGGGAAUGUGGGCAAGCCUUUUCCAAACACAGCCCUGUACAUUAUAGACGAUGAGCUGAAUCUGCUUCCUCCGGGUUUUCCUGGGGAAGUUUGUGUCGGCGGUGGGGUGGUGGGAUUGGGAUACCUGGAUCUCUCGAUGGCCGAAGGGAAGUUCAUCGACAACCCAUUUUCUUCUGCAGAGUAUCGAGCUCGCGGGUGGACGAGGCUAUACCGGACCGGAGAUCAAGGCAGGUUAUUGGAAGACGGAUCACUGUUCUUCAUGUCCCGACUGGCCAGUGAAACAGUGAUCAAACUUCGAGGAGUGCGCGUGGAUCUGGAAGAAGUGUCCCACUUUGUUUUGAAAGUAGCUGGCGGUCUGCUCUCACAAGCAAUUGUCUCUGCAAGAGGACAGAGUGAAUCCCAAUUUCUCGUCGCGCAUGUCGUUCUAGCGCCGGGUAUGGCUCUCAGUGAUGUUGAAUUUGGGGAUAUAGCGGCCAAUCUUCCCCUUCCUCACUCAAUGCGUCCGAGUAUUAUUGUGCCACUUGAUACAAUACCUAUGACGCCGAAUGGAAAAGUGGAUAGGAAGAAGCUCGCUGCGCUUCCAUUGCCCGAGAUAAACGCUGCGGCCAAAGCCGAUCAGCCUUUCACGCUCGCAGAAGCCGAACUCAAGAUGCACUGGGAGGAAGUCUUACAUGGGAUGGCUCCUGCAGUGUCGAUUAACCCCAAGUCCGAUUUCUUUGCUGUCGGCGGGACAUCGGUCCUUCUCGCCAAGUUACAAGGUACGAUCCGGCAAUACGCGGACAUCACCAUCCCGCUAGCGGAGCUGUUCAAGGCUAGCACUUUAGACAAGAUGGCUGCUCUGCUGAGCUCGAUGAAGUCCGAUAUCAAUGACGACACGAUCAACUGGGACGAAGAAACAAAAGUCCCGGACAGUUUUACUCGAUACUCUCGCAUCCAGCCGAGCGUCUGCCGCCCACCGAUCCCUCAAGAAGUCCUCCUGACCGGCGCCACAAGCUUCAUGGGCAAAGCCAUUCUCAAGUCCCUUCUUGACUCCCGCACAAUAACCAAGGUCCAUUGCAUCGCCGUUCCAUCGGAACAAUCCUCCGAGUUGCCCUCGUCUGACCGAGUCACCGUCUAUCACGGUCACCUAACGGAUCCUCUCCUCGGCAUCCCAAAAGAAACCUUCACGGCCCUCCACUCAACAGUAGACUUGAUCAUCCACGCUGGCACGUUCGGCAACUGCAUGAACCGGUAUUCUUCUCUCCGAGUGCCCAACUUCCAUUCGACAAUCCUUCUUGCGGAAUUGGCCGCCCGCGCUCACAUACCGCUGCACUAUAUCUCCUCCAACAGGGUGACACUUUUCUCCGGGAAGGCGAGCUAUCAACCGAUCUCGCUAUCUGCUUACCCACCGCCAAACGAUGGGUCCGAGGGGUUUGUCGCGGCUAAAUGGGCCAGCGAGAAAUUCCUUGAAUCCCUAUCAAAGAAGAUCGGAGUAAACGUGUGUAUUCAUCGGCCAUGCUACGUGAUUGGCGAGGACGCACCAAGCUCAGAUACAGUGAACGCUGUAUUGCGGUAUUCAAGGGAGCUUGGAGCCGUCCCAGCGUUGGAGAAAAUGGAUGGGUAUUUUGAUUUCCGACAGGUUGAAGCAGUGGCAGAUGAGAUAGUGCAAACAGUCCUUGCUUCGCACUUUGGCCAGACGUUGAGAUAUGUACACCAUUCGAGUGGGGUGAAGGUUCCGAUAGAGGAAUUGAGCGCUCAUCUGGUGAGAUUAUAUGGCGGGAAGUAUGAGAGAGUCAGUACGCUAGAGUGGAUCAGACGUGCUAUGGAGGCAGGCAUGGAGGUGAUUGUAGGCAAGUUCAUGGAGGCUGUUAUUGAGACCGGGGAGGCUAGGUCGUUUCCGUUCUUAGAGGUAUAG